AUAGAAGAUAAGUACCAAACUGUAUGACUGUGAAAGAUCAUUUCAAGAACGUCUCCAUCGCGAAUCUAGCUUUGAUGAAUGCUCGCCACUGGCAAUCGAAAAAAUGUCAGUGGCCCCCGAAUUUCUUUCGUCCAGUCGAGGACCGAAGCGCCGGUCAGGUCUGCCGCCCGACCGGGUAGUUGGCUGUCGGAUGGUUGCUUGCGGAAGACAGUAGAACUACUUUACUUUCUCCAACCGUAAGGAUGCGGUGCGAGGCAGCGAAACCACUAUCCGCACCAGAACAGCCUUUCCUAGUUGCACCCUAGUCGCGUCCGCAGCCGCUCCCGCCGGAGAGACGUACGGAACAGCAUGGGGAAUGCGGCGGCGCAAGCGAACCGCACCGCCAGCGCGGCGGCCAAGAAAAUGCUGGCGCCGGAGCUGGUCCAGGCGCUCGAGGAGAAUGCCAACGAUUUAAACUACUGGAACGGUCUGUGGCAGGGUGUGGAGGACCGGCGGUCGGAAUUCUUCGAUCUCCAGCUGCUCGAAGAGGGGGUCAUGAAACUCCUGGAACACAAGUACCACUCGCCUGAGCUGGAGUGGCGCGUGACGGGCGUGGCCAUCGCGCGUACCUUUUUCCCGUACGAGCUGGCCCGAAAGAAGCUGAUCCGGGCGGAUUUUGUCUCCGCCGUGCUGAUUCUGACCAUGGAAACCACCAGCGACACGGUCAGCCAGCAGAAGGUCGACGAGCUGCAGAUUUUCGCGGCAAAGCUGUUCUGCGAGAUGGCGGACUACCAGGACUUCGAGCCCGACCUGUGCAGCGGGUCGGUGCUGAACUUUCUCUGCAUCGUGUUGAACCAGCUGGAGGAGGCGGAGCAGCUGGUCACGCUCACCUUCAAGAAGCUCUCCCGCCGCACCGAGAACCUGAUCAUCCUGAUGGAGGGCUCGGUGGGCGACAUUCUGGAGUCCUACUUCAAAUUGUCGUUUGCGCAACUGGAAAAGGAAACCGAGGCGGACGUGGCCGCGGACCAGUCCAAGGCCUUCGCCAACUGCGCCUUCACGCUCGGACAGUUUUUGAAGUUCGGUUUCGAAAUGCAACUCGACUACGACAUCGUGCUUUCCCUGAUGCAGGCCGCCGUGUACCACGACGCCGGCCGGCAGGGCGAGCUGGACACCAUGUUGGCCUACUGGGUCUCCGAAAAGCUGAUGGCGGAGUGUGUGCGGCUGUUCUACUGGCACUGCCGCAAUUCCACGCGGGGCAUCGUGGACAUCAUCGAGGAGGCCGCGCCAGACCGACAAUUGGGCACGGGGAUACAAAUACUCGUAUUUGAUUUAUACUUUUUUAUCGAUUUGCAUUUGAUUUCAUCUGAAGAACUGCUUCUUGAGCGGGCACCUUUUCCCGCACAGAAGUGCCACGCGGUCUUGUGCCUCCGGAGUUUCGUCCGCACGGUACUUGUUACAGUUGUGAUUACAGUGUGGCUGUGCGUUCUAGCUCAGACAUGCAUUUACGUACAGAGGUGUUUCCUCUGCUACUCUUCUUCGUGCACUUUUUCGGGAUGUUAUCAUUGUCACAGGUGUCCUACUGGCGACAGCACUGCAUUCCGUCGUUCGAGAUGCUGCGGGACUUCGACAAGCUUCCUGCGGCCCAGAAGCAGCAGCUCAUCAAGAAAGAGGAUGGGGAAUCAGAACAGGCGCAGCGCAAAGAGGUGGUGUGCAACAUGAACAUCCUGUUUUGGAUCCUGAUCCCCGACUCGCAGCUCCGCUGGUUGAUGAAGCGAAACUCGCUGGAGCGCCAGGACUUGAUAUUUGAGCUGCUUUACAUCGAACCACCUCCCAUGGUUAAACUUGAGAUCAAAGACAACCCGUCCGCAUCGUCGAGUGCGAGUGCGGAUACAGGGGGCGGUGGGGAACCAACGACUGCCAUAGCAGCAGCGGCCACGGUAUGCUGUUUUGCAGUAGGUGGGUGCCAUGCAUCAACGGGUUUUUGUAAAAAUUAGGCAAGAAAUGACGAAAAAGCCUGCGUUGAUUUGUGCACCAGCUUGUUGACUUAAUCACAGUGGAGACAGAACGACAGUGAAGUAUCAAAACUUGAAAACAGCGCGUGGUUACCGUCGUAGACCACCUCGCUCUUUUUAACACGAGUCUGUGCGACCGCACGCUUCGAACCGCCAAAUUUGUCCUCGACAGUUCGGAAUGCGAGCCGCUGGCACGCAGGCUGGCGGAGCGGCUGCUGCAGAUGUUUGUCUAUUUAGUCGACAAGCACGCAGAGUUGUCCGCCGUCGUGAAGCCAAAAUUAGAAUCCGGGACUACUGGUGCCUCCUCCAGCAGUAGAGGAGGGCAGCAGCAACAGGACCCGAGCGCUCUCGGCGAAGGGGCGGCGGCAGCUGGGUCGCAGCAGCAACCGGGCGGUGCAGCAGCCUCGGCGCGCUCCGCCUCUGCGGCAUCUUCCCGAGCCAGUGGUUCGGCAAGAGAUCCACUUCAACCCGGCGGACCACUGGCGUCAAAGGAGAAGAAGGGGCCGAAGAGAAUCAACUUGGACAAGUACGCGCGGUUUCCGAUCACUGUCUGCGACCAGCUGUUGGAGUCCAUUUCGUUGGCCGCCUUCCGGCGCGACGUGUGCGCGUCAUUCGCACAGCAAGAUUUGUUCGCGAAGCUGUGUUACUUCCAGGAUGUGAUCAUCGAAGCGAAUUUUAAUCCUGGCGCGCUGAGGGCGAAGACUGGCCUCGGGUCCAUCGGCCGCUCGCUGCUCGCGAGCACGCGGCUGAUGACGCUGCUCGCCAGCCACCCGGGGCACCGGCUGCCUUGGUGUGUGGCCUCGGAGUCGGUGGGGGGCGAAAACAAUCACUACCCGCCCCCGGAAGACUUUGACCGCACCGUGGACAAGCUGGCGGACUAUCGAACGCGGCUGAAGCAGCUCGCGAGCCAGGACCAGGCGACCGACAGCGCCGGGGGUGGUGGGAGUACUAGUAGCAAGCCCGCGAAGGCCCGUCAGCUCACGCCGGCGCAGGUCCGGGAGGAAGCUUUUGGGAACAAUUUGGACACGAUCCUGACCUUGACCCGCUCGGCGAUCCUCCAGAAGGACACGCUUUUCGGUGCGUUCACGGGUGAGAUCAUCGAGAAAUUCCUCGGCAUCCUGCACUGGUGGCGAGAAAACUCCAGUCUCCGCUACGCGGAGGAAAAGGAGCUGAUCGCGACGGGAGGCGAGCAGAGCAACGAGGACGGCACCACCGGGCUGAACGUGUACGACGUGGACCACGUUUUGGCGGACUUCUUCGGCAAACGCAAUCUGAUGGCCGCGGAAGAUCCCACCGAGGCGGACGAUAUGCUGGAAAAGAUGCAGCGCGUCUCCGUGCAGACGCUGCAAAAUCGGUUUAUCGAUGGCAAGCACGUCCCCGCGCCCACCGUGCAGGACAGCUUCCGGUUCACGAGCGUGUUCGAAUCGCUCUUGAUUCUGCAACUGCUCUCCCGGCUGGUGUUGGAGCCGAGGUGGAAGCGCAUCUUUCUCUUCGAGCCGCGGUACCACGCCAUCAUACCCAACAGCCUGCACGGCACGAAUUUCGUGCGGUUGCUCCUCUGCGCUGUCGCCACGGCCACGUGGCCCGAGGCCCGCGAGGCUGCGGCGACGCUCGCGAACCUGUGCUGGAUGGGCGACAUGCGGUGCGAGCGCCUGUUCUGCUGGCUGAAGUUCGACUCUCCCACCAACGUCGGCGUGGACAGUAGCGGGGUGUUGAAUCCACUCACCAUUGGCCAGCCGCGGCCACUGGAGCUCGGCCGGGGCAUGUACCGGCGGUCGUGGGGCACGGAGUUCGUUGAGGGCUCGGCGAUCAUAUAUGCAUUGCAAAAAUGUCUGGGUCUGGAAACUUCUCAUGCUAAAAGUGAAUGGGAGACGCACUGCAAUACGCAGCUAUGCAUGACAAAUUUUUUGGCUCCCAUGUCUUACGUAUUCCGCAUGGCAAACUGCGCUUUUGCAUGACAGGUAAGAGGGCCCCCUCUUCGUGCCUAUGCAACACAGAUUCUCGAGUCAUGCCAGACAAACAUGACAAACUUGCAUUCUUCCAGACCCAGACAUUUUUGCAUUUGAUAUCAUACUGCACCCCACCACGGUGUCGCCCACGAAAAUUCCCGCGGCCCUAACGUCGGCCAGCCCCGGGUCUACCUUUACGAACUCAAACGGCAGCUUUGGAACGCUCCUCCAGGCGAACCUGAAAACGGCGCACCUGGCCAACCGGCACUGGACCCUGCACUGCUGGUUCUACUGGGACCCGGUGGACAUGCUGCGCGACGCCGGCCCGCCGCAGGGUGCGGACGACGGUCCGGAGGAAGCGGGUGGUGCAGCCACAACGGCGCAGGGAGGUAGUAAUCCUGGUGGCGCAACUACUACAACCACUGCAGGCAAUUAUCUUCUGACCAUGGUGCUGCUCCAAACGCACCCGAAGCAACACCAGACGCUGAUAAAAUUUGCGAUCGCGAAAGAAUCCACCGGGUUGCAAACGUCGAGCAGCUUCUUUGGGUUCGGGUCCUCCCGCGCUGGCAACCAGCAGCCCGAGCAGCAGUACCAGCUGAAAAUCGUUCUGAAAGACGUCCGCGGGGGCGAGCAAGUGGUCGAUGUGCAGCCGAAAUUGACGCAAGGGUGGCACCGAUUUGCGCUGGUGUCCUCUAUAUGGAUUGCAAAAGUGUCUGGGUCUGGAAGAUUGCAACUUGUCAUGCUAAAUCCGAAUCAUGCAAAAAUGAAAAUCUGUGUUGCAUGGGUGCCAAAAGCUGUCCACUUUCGACCAAGUUGGGAGGGAGUUUCCCAUGCAGGAUAGGCAUGAUAGAGACCCCACAGACUCUGUCAUGCUAGGUCCCGCAUUCCAGACCUCAAGGGUCAUGGAAAACCUGCAUGUCAAGAUUACACUCUUCCAGACCCAGACAUAUUUGCAAUCCAUACUCUACCCCCGACGCGUACGCGAACGCGUACAACGGGUGCACGAUCUACAUCGACGAUUGGACGCAAAAAUUGUCGCCGCAGACGUUUCUGCGCAACGACUUUUAUCUGCUGGGGAACGACACCGCGGGACAGGAGCCGUUUGGCGGACUGGCCGAUUUCCGGAUCUACGCGCGCACCCUGAAGGAAGCGGAGUUGGAACUUCUGCUGCAUCCGCCGCUGUUCGGAAGUAAAACCGAGAAGUCCAUCGCGGUCGACAGCCGAGGGAAGCAACCGCAGCCGGAGCUGGAUCCACCGAAGGGCGUGCCGACCGAUGUGCCUGCGGAGAACUACUUUCCCGACCAGAUUGUGCGGAUGUUGCGGGACUGCGGCAGCGUGAAAAUUCUCGCCAGCCGGCUGAACGUCGCGGACACUGCGGCCGAAUGCUUACGGGUGUUGUAUCAAAUGCAAAAAUGUCUGGGUCUGGAAGAAUGGGCGACUUGUCAUGCAGCUUUUCCAUGAGCCAUGAGGUCUGUAAUGCAGGACCUAGCAUGACAUAUUCUGUGCGAUCUCUCUCAUGCCUAUCCUGCAUGAGAAACUCCCUCCCGACUUGGUCAAAACUGGACGACUUUUGGUAAUCAUUCAACACAGACUUUUGCAUGCUUCAGAUUUAGCAUGACAGGUUGCAUUCUUCCAGACCCAGACAUUUUUCCGUUUGAUAUGUUGGGCACGCUCGCGACGUUGCAAGAAGCGCGGAGCGAGAUCUUCGGUAUCUGUGGACCGAAAAUCCUCGAGCUCAGCGAGUCCCCCCUGCCCAUGAUAAAACGCCAAGCUGCUCGGGUUCUUCACAAUUUGAGAUGAUCAUGAUUGUAAAUGAUCACGUCGUGCGCGGAAACCGAUGCUCCUUUCUGCCAUCCCUUAGUUAGUAUGUUUUCUUUUCCGCAUGAAACGCUGCGCGCAUGGGCAUGAUAUUUUUCACUUCACACUUUCACAGCAAGAAUUUAGAUAUUUAUACAAAAAUACGAAUCAUUGGAUCAAGCAGAUCAAGACUAGGUGUUUCCAUUCGCUCAACGCUUGAAUACUUCAAACAAAAAUCCAGAUAUACUUCGCUAGAUCAGAAAGUCUUCUAUUGGUAUUGCCUUGCUUGAUCGAAAUAAAAUAACACUCACUCACAGAAAUGGAAGUAAAAAGCACAGAAAAAUGGCUUCGAUAAACUUUGGAUGCACCAUCGAGACUCCGUGUAAUUAACAUUUGGCGCAACUAACAAGUUCCAACUGCAAAACUUGUGCGGAUAAGAAUGAAAAUUCAGAUCUU